AGCCAUUAUCCGAACAGUGGUGGUAUCGCAUCGAUCCGAUGCGCAGGAGUUUCUCUCGAGAAAGUACCGCAAGUCAGUUGCGCUCGCGCAUCGCAUACCUUGCAUACAAAUACUCAGUUACCUUUGGAAGUAUCGACAUAGGGUAUCGGAAAACAAUCAUUUGAAUUUGGUCCCUAGAGCCGGCAGCCCAUAGGUUGAACGAACUUAUCAAAAUGAAAACAAAAACGAUCGCGCUUUUUGUUUUUCUGUGCGUUGUGCAAUUUGGUUCAGGUGAUGCAUCGCGAACCAACCGGCAUUUUUUCAACAAUAAUAAAGAAGACAAUGCAAUGGACGUAACAGAUUUUUCUAUUUACUACGAUCUGGAUACGAAUACGACGAUAAGGAAGAUGAUGCCUCGGCCGUGGUACCAGCCUGGUUGGCGACUGCGGCUUCCCUUCCGUGGAGGACGGUGCAACUGUGAUGGAUUGAAGUGCAACUGUUGCUCCGGGAUGCGCAUUCCAGCGUUCAAUUUUGAUAGGCAAACUUGCGCAGAUCUCGUUUUUGAUCCCAAUGAAGGUUUACUGGACCUAGAAGUGACGAUGAACAACGAAAGCAUCUUCCACAGAUCUUAUUCAGCAAGCAACCCACCACCAUUCUGCAUACCGAUCCCAGUACCGUACGUGCCUAUCACAAUCCUAGACAUGUGCAUCAGAUUGUUUGACAUUACUAUUGACUUCACCAAAAUGCAUGUUUGCAUGGACUGGGAUACAAGAGUUGAUAAAGCUCCAGUACUGAUUCUACAUUUUGACUGCAUGAAUUUAGGUCUUGGUGGAAUAAGUUUGACAAAACCAAACACAAAUCAAAUAACCGGACCAGGCGCACCUGCAGAACCACCUCAGUUGAAUGGAGAUGUUUAUGAUUCGGUUACUGAAAAUGCUAAUGUAACCACUCAGCACUCUGUUUUCAAUAAUAGUGUUAAAUAUAUUUAAUAAUUUAUUAA